AUGACCCUCAACUGGGAACUUGAAGCUCAAAAGGGCAAAGAAAUAUUGAGUAACUCUAUUCCAAAGCAAUGGCUUCUUCCUGCCGACAAGCUGCCGCCAGCCUCACAGAAGAGCGUGAAUGAUUUUCCCCGCAAAAGCGGCUUAUUGACUGCGCGCGAGCUUACCAUUACGGAAAUGUCUGCUACAGCAUUGGUAACGGAAAUGGAAAAGGGAGAACUGACGGCAGAAGAAGUGGUGAUUGCCUUUUUGAAGAGGGCUGUUCUGGGUCAUCAACUGCUCAAUUUCGCUACCGAAUUCAUGGCUGAGGAGGCGAUUUCUCGUGCUAAAGAGUUGGAUGAAUAUUAUCGGCGCACGGGGAGAUUGGUCGGACCGUUGCAUGGUGUUCCAAUCAGUGUCAAGGAGCAUAUUUCCAUGAAAAAUCGAACAUGCAACACAGGAUAUGUGGCUUGGGUCGACAAGGUCUACACGGAAGAUGCCCUUCUCCUACAACUACUAUCCAAAGCCGGCGCAGUGUUUCAUGUCAGAACUAACCAGCCUCAGUCACUGAUGCAUCUUUGCUGCAGCAACAACAUCACAGGCACAACCGUAAACCCCCACAAUCGCACUCUAACCCCAGGCGGAUCUUCUGGGGGCGAGGGUGCCUCAAUGGGAUUCCGCUGCGCACCAUUGGGAAUCGGCACCGACAUUGGCGGAUCGAUUCGCUGCCCAGCAGCAUUCUGUGGCGCCUAUGGAUUCCGCCCUUCCUCGCUACGGAAUCCAGGUACCGGAAUCAAAGUUGCCUCGUCCGGACAGGAGACUAUCCGUGGUGUCGUUGGGCCAAUGUCUAGUAGCUCUAUGGAAGAUCUGGAGCUGUUCCAGAAAGCCGUGUUGGAUCAGGAGCCUUGGGAUGUUGAGACGUCGUUGAUGCCUUUGCCCUGGAGGAAUGUUGCUCCCACGCGGGAUAUGACUGUUGCUAUUAUGUGGGAUGAUGGCUGUGUCCGCCCUCAUCCUCCUAUCAAUCGUGCCUUGCGACAUGCCAAGGAUAAGCUGGUAGCGGCGGGAAUCAAGGUCGUGGACUGGGAACCGUAUAAGCACCAGCAUGGAUGGGAAGUUAUUUCUGCCCUCUACUACCCCGACGCAGCCCUCAGACAGCGUGAUCUCCUCGCAGAAUCAGGCGAGCCGGCACGUCCACUGACAGAAUGGGCUCUCGCAUACAGCCGAGCCAAGCCCCUCUCACAUAGUGAAACCUGGGCUCUGCAAGAGCAGCGCGAUAUUUAUCGAGAUGAAUAUCAUGCUCUGAUGAAGCGUCGGGGUGUUGACUUCAUUCUCUCACCGACAUAUCCCGGCGUGGCAGCUGUGAUGGGAGAGUCACAGUAUUGGAACUAUACCGCGGUCUGGAACAUCGUAGAUCUACCUUCUGCUGUAUUUCCGUCUGGGCUCACCGUCGAUUCCAGAUUGGAUGUUUUGACGGAGCAGGAUAAGGGGUAUGUUCCGCGAGAUGAAGUUGAUGAGAGAGAGUGGCGUAAGUAUCAGGGCCCCGAGCGGUAUGAGGGUGCGCCGGUUGGAUUGCAGAUUUCUGGGAGACGAUUCAAAGAUGAAGAGACUUUGGCGGCGGCUAAGGUUGUUGAAGAGAUCAUUAGUGGAAAGGAUGAUUCAAAGUUGUAA